AAUAAUAAUAAUAAUAACAUCAACAACAAUGCAACAACUGCAAGUGCACGAGUUAAUUCAAAUUGUAACUGUAUUACCCAAGGUUUGUGUCAAUCAGUACCAUCAUGGACAUCUGCACCUUCAAUAGACAUAAGAAUUGUCAAUCAGGGUACACAAGGAGGAUGUCCAUCAGGUCAAUUCUUGUGUUGUGGUACAUCAGGAAAUUAUUUAACAAGUUCAUGUGGAAUACAAAAAAUAACAAAUUCACCAGCUCAAUCACAAGGAAUAGCCAAGUAUGGACAAUAUCCUUGGCAAGUUGCCCUUUUAAAAUUAAAUAAUGAGUACAUCGGUUCAGGUGUACUUAUCUCACCUACACAUAUUCUUACAGCUGCUCAUAAAGUUGUAACAUAUCCAAAUACUCAGUUUAAAGUAAGACUUGGUGAUUGGAAUGGUAUAGAAAAUAAUGAACCAUAUCCAUAUCAAGAAUAUAAUCCAGCGAGUGUUAAAAUUCAUGAAAAUUUUAAUUCUCAAUCACUUUAUAAUGAUAUUGCAAUAAUUAAAAUUUCUGGAAUUGUACCACUUGAUACAAGUCCACAUAUUAAUACUGCGUGUUUGCCAACAUCAAUGCCAGCAGCUGGAACAAGAUGUUGGGUUACUGGUUGGGGUAAAAAUGCUUUUGGACCUACUGGAAGUUAUCAAAAUAUAUUAAGACAGGUUGAGGUGCCAAUUGUCGAUCAGUCGACUUGUGAAAAUAAACUUCGCAACACUAGAUUGGGUCAGGCUUUUAUUUUAGAUAAAGUUAGUUUUAUGUGUGCCGGUGGCGAAAUUGGAAAAGAUGCUUGCACUGGUGAUGGUGGUGCACCAUUGGUAUGCCAAUCUAGUACUCAACAAUGGAGCGUUGUUGGUUUAGUUAGUUGGGGAAUCGGUUGUGCACAAGAUGUUCCAGGAGUUUAUGUUAAUGUUGUUAAUUAUUUACCUUGGAUUUAUCAAAACAUGAAUUAAAGUUAUUAUUAUUAUUGUUUA